AUGGGCGACCACAUACGGUCUGGCCCCCAGGGUCGCCCUACCUGUGAGUCAUGCCGGCUACGUAAACUCUCAUGCGUCUACGAAACGCGGAGAAGGCGUGCACCUAUAAAGCCACCAUUUAGGGCCUCUUCUCCAAAGACACCGCCUGCUCAACGGCAUGAGACCUCAAAUGGAGGAAAUCACCUACCAACCAAUCAGGAUAUCUUGGACAGGCUUCAAAGAGUUGAAGGGCUUAUUGCCGAUCUCCACAAAUCUCUUAAACUUGUGCAACAAUCAAAUGGCUCAGUACCCAGCCAAGAUGCCCGGACACCUGUGCUAGUACCGCCGGUCCAGCCUUCACGAGAAGCGCUGGUGGGCGAUGGAACGAGGGGAAAUUAUGUUGACAAUUCAGUAUUCGUCGGACUGUUGCUGGACGUAAGUUUGUCACCGGUCUCCGCAUCGUCUGAUAGUAAUGCAACCAGGGAACUUCGCACGAACCUCCUGCAAAAUUUUGAUCCCCUAGUAAAGCUCUUGCACAUACCCACAAUACAACCGGUCAUACUGAACGCCGCGGCCUAUCCUCACGAAGCAGACGAUACGACCAUGACUCUGGUAUACGCUGUUGCUUUUGCGGCUACAGCAACCGUGCCAGGAGCUAAAGCAAUACAGAAACUGGGUUUUGAAAAAUCAACUCUUCUACGCCAUUUCAUGCAGCAAAUGGACAACGCUUUCAUGAAGGCACAGUUUUUGCUACGUCCAAAUACCCAGUCUUUAACGGCUCUUGUCAUCUACUUGACCGCGCUAAGAACCCACGACGCUGGACGAACGGUGUGGAUCCUCACCGGCCUGGCAAUGCGCAUUGCAGAAUCACUCGGUGUCCAUGAAGAUGGUGCGCGUCUCGGCCUGGAUCCUUUCGAGGCCGAGAUGAGAUGUCGGCUUUGGUGGCAUUUAACCGCUCUGGACGCCACUGCGCCCGAGAACCACGGGUUCAAUUCCACGAUCGUGGACCGCGAUCACACGUUUCGACUACCGACCAAUAUCGACGACGCGGACCUUUCUCCCCAAAUGAAGAAGCGUCCGGUCGGAAAAGAGGAGUGGACGGAGAUGUCCUUUGCCAUCGUGAACUUGGAUCUGUGUCGCAGUUUAAGACGUGCCGUUGCUAUAACCAGGAAGAACGAUGCCGAAAUAAGUGUGGACAUAAUCCACGACACCGAGCGUAAAAUUAAUCAGCAAUGGCUUCGAUUUGCGGAUAUAACGAAGCCCAUAUGUCGUGCUGCAGACGCUUUGCUUCGCGUAUCGAUCCUAAAGGCACAUUUCAUCUUGAUGCUGCAAACAUGGCUUUCGACCACUGUGACUGCAGAGUGCAAAUAUUAUCACCUCCCUCAGUCAGCCUUUAUCACUGCCAUUGAAUUGCUCGAGAACGGAUACCUGCUUCAGUCAGGCAGCCUCUGUCAUGACUUCGCAUGGUUCUAUCAGCAACAUCCUCAGCUGUACGCAUUGUUCCUUGUGCUGCGCACCCUCCAUGCGUCUCCUGGGAGAGUGGAAGCAGAUAGAGCGUGGACUGCAGUGGAUAAUUAUUUCACCUGUCUCACGGACUUUGAAAAGGCCAGCGAAAUGAAGGGCAGGACGAGCUGUGUUUGGUCCGUUCUGGGUCCGUUGCGUGACAGGGCCAGAAAGUCUCAUGAUCAAAUGAGGCAGGAGUUGGCAUCAGAGGAGAUAUUAUCGACAUCUUCCCCCUCGGCAUUCAUGAAGACAGGCUCUCAAAUCACCGAUGGAUCUGUUUCGUCCCACCCUGUCGGGACUGAUAUACAUUUGUCACCAUAUCAAACAGGCUAUCUCCCGUUGGAACCUUCAGCUUUUGAUAACAUCCUCGCUUGGCAGGACUUCUCGGAUUGGUUCAAUAUGGACACAGGAUUUGUUUAG